AUGGGAAAGAAUACAUAAAAUUUAGACAAAGCUACAAUAGCUUAGCAUCUUUUUGAAAAUAGCUUUGGAUAGAUAAAGAGCUGCACAACUUGCUGCAGAAAAUUUGGUUUAUUCCUCAGGGAAUCCAAGUGCUACAAAUGCCAUAGAAGCACAUGCAAUGAUUGUCUAUUGGAAAAGCAAAAGAUAGUUUAUGUAAAGAGCAAAAAAAUAUUUGAAAAUGACAGGAAAAAGAUAUGUCAAGUAUGUAGUUAAGAAUUGAAGAAUUAUGCAGAAAAUUACAAAAGCAAAGUAGUAGGAUUUUGUUAGAAUUCUCCAGUAGCAAUUUAAUGGAUUAAGACAUUAAACCUUAUCAACCAAAAUGAAAAUAGCACCAACCCUGAAGAAGCAAACACUAUUGAGAGUAUAGAGAAGAAAUACUAAUAAGUUUAUGAAAAGUAGUUAGUAAAGCAAACUGAUGUUAAUUAUAAAGGAUUCAUGCUUUCAAAGGUGAAUUACUCAUUUUUAACUCACCUUUACUAUUCUACAAAAGGAAUUAGCUUUGAGGAGAUAUAAAUUACUCUUUGUAGAAUUAUUAACAAGUUAGCCUUCCAUUACAAGUGGGAAAAGACUCCUAUCAAAAUAGAUGUUUUUAUUAUGUAUUUGCUAUGCUUUUCUUCAGAAGCUGUAGCUUAUGCUAUUUUUACUCAUCUUUAUGAAAAUGUCUUGCCAAAAUAUAUAGUUGAAUUCAUGAAUUUCAAGUCACAACAAGACUAAAAAGAACAAGUAGCAUAAAUUGCUUUCUUUUAGAGUGUCAUUAAAGCUAAUCAUGAAUUAAAUGACUAACAAAUAUAACAUGUUACUAACUUUUUAAAAAAAUUCUCUAUCGACAUGCUUUCUUCCUUUUUUAUCAAUGUCCUCAGCUUUGAGUUUUCCUUUGAAGCUCUUGAUCUCAUGAUUAAAACACAAAACUUCAAAAAAGUUGAAAACCUACUAAUCGUUAUGAUUUUAGACAACAUUUAGCACAUAAAAGAAAUAUCAUCAGCAAACUAUGACACAGUUUAUAAUUACUUUUGCAGAAUUAUUGAGUUUAAAAAUAUAUCUGAAAGAGUUAUCAAUUAUCCUACAUAAGAGGGUAGCAAUAUGUCUAAGAGCACUUCUCAUCAUAAGGAAGAAGUUAAUACAAAUAAUAAAUAAAAUUUGUAAGAGCAUAAGCUUCAUACUGCAUAGUUUUAAUAGAACUAUGAAGAAUUAAUGAUGAGUCCUAAUUUUAAUUUACUGAUUGGAAACAGCAACUUUUAGAAUGAGUCUACUAUUGGAUUCCAUGCUGAAAACGAUGAUGAUGAGGAUACAAGUCCUUAAAGCAAUCGCCAUUAAGACAAUUACUAAAAAGACAAUGAAAAUCAUCAACAAUAAUAAAAAUACACAUAAGGCGUAAAAUUACCAACUCUAUAAAACUUUGAUAAUGUUGAGUCAUCAAAUCGUCUCUCCAAUUAAGAGCAUAACCAAGAAGUCAUUUAAAAUUAUCAAGAUGAACCUGAAGAGGCUGUCAAAAGAUCAAGACAAUCAGCUUAAGGUUAGACAGAGCUGCUUAUUAAAGAUUUAUAAAUAGAAAGACAAACACUCACAUCUGAGAAUGAAAAGCUGAAAAAGGAGAUUGAGUAAAAAAAUCAACUUAUGGAGUAAUAAAAAGCAUUCCAUGAAUAGGAAGUACAAUCUUUGUAGAACGAGAUCAAUUUGCUAACUCAGAAUACAUCUUCCAAUCCUUACAAAAAAUUAGUAGAAGAAUAUAAAGCUUUACUCAACGAAGCUAAAUAGGCUUAUGAGGAGCUAUAUUAAGAGAAGUAAGAAGUAGAAUUGCAAUUAGUAAGUGAAAAGGAAGAAAUUCUUGUUUAAUCUGUUAGAGAUAAGGCUAUGCUGAUGAAUGAAAUACAAGAAAUAGAAGCAAAGAAUUGCUCUUUGUUGGAAUAAGAAUAAAAUGCAGAUAAUGCGCAAAAAGUAGAAAUAAAGGAAUUAAAAGCAACUAUAGAGCAAAUGACCUUGGAGAUUUUAACUUUUAAAACUGAAAUUUAAAUGCUUAAAGAAGAGUAGACAAUAAAUAUUGAGAAACUAUAAAAGAAUCAGGCUAUCUUAAAUGAGUUUUCUAGUUAAAAUAAAGAAAAAGUAGAAAAAGAGGAAGACAAAUUGAGAAGCUUGCAAGAGAUAAUUGAUAAUUUGUAGAGAAAACUCACACAAAAUAAUCAAGAACACAAAGAAGAAAUACAAAAGAUAUAUGAAAGAGAUAACUUGGUAUUUGAUGAGCUCAGAACUCAAACUAAAGAAUAUGAAUAAAGCAUUACAGAAUUAACUUAGCAAUUAGAAGAUGCUAAUUAAAAGUUAAUUCUUGAAAAGCAGCUUCACGAAACUAAGAUUUUGACCUUGAAUUAGCAACAAGAAGUAGAGAAGAUGCAACUCAAGUCUGAUUAUGAACAAUAAAAAUCUGAAUUGAUUUAGCAACACAAUUAAACAGCUUAAAGAUUAUAGAAAGAAAUCGAAUCGCUUAAUUAGUAAAUGACUUAAAUGGCUUAAGAAUUGAAGUAGUAACAUGAACAGGAAAAGCAGGUUUUGAUAGAUUAGCACAAUCGUGCAAUUUAAGAUAAAAAUUAAGAAAUUUAAGUUCUUGAAUAAAGAAUUUAAGAGCUUUUAGUUUAAUUGGAAAAGCAGAAAGCUUAAUUGCAAAUGCAGUUUGAAGAAGAGAAAAGAAUUUUGAAUCAAGAAAUGCAAUAAAAAAUUGAUGAAUUAAAUCAAAGACUUGUUUAAUAAAAUCAUGAAAACGAAUAAGAAAGAUAAAAUUUAAGAAACUUGUUCGAACAAGAAAAAGUUUAAAUUAACCAACUCCAUGAAUAACAUAUUAAAGAAAAAUAAGAUGAGAUUUCUUAAAUAAAUAUAAGAAUAGCUAAGAUUAUGGAAGAUAUUGAAUCUAUGAAAAUGGCUCAUUAGCAAGAAUUAAGUGUAAAAUAAGAUGAAAUAGAAUCACUUAAAUCACAACUUGAAUAAAAGAAAACAACUAUUUAAAGCCAACAAAAUGAAAUAGAAUUUUUAAAAUCAAAGUAAACUGAUUUGGAGCAAAAAUUCAUUGAAAAUAAUAACAUUAUGUCUUCUCUACAAAUAACUUUGCUAGAAAAAAAUGAUGAUCUAGAAAGAUUAGAAAAAUAAAUUAAUAAAAAGGAGUAAAUAAUUACAGACUUGAAGUAAGAACUUGAAAUCUAUAAAAAUUAAGCUUCUAAAUAUGAUGAAAAAUUAAUUCAAACUAUGUAAGAAAAAAUUCAAAACUAAGAAUAAGAGAUUUCCAAGCUUAAAUUAAUAGCUUAAGACCAUUCAAAUUGUGAAGAAAUUAUUAAAAAGCUAAACGAAUAACUAGAAAAGAGCAAGCAAAAGCUUAAAACCAAAGUUUAGGAGCUGAUGGUAUUCUAAAAUAUCUUUAACACCGUCAAAAAAACAGUCUCUGAAACAAAAUCAUCAGAGAACCAUGAUGAUGAUGAUAUUUGA